GGUGCCAAAAUCUCCCCUCUCCCUAUAUAUACCAACCCCUCCACCUCUUCUCCCCUUCAACCCUCACCAUUUCAAGUCUCUCUCUGUCUCCCUCUCUCUCUCUCCCUCCUCUUCCUGCCUAAAACCCUAUUUAAUUUCUCUCUCCUCCUCCUCCUGUCUAAAUCCUAUUUUCUCCGUCUUAGACGAUGCCCACCUCUGUUUCUCUCUUUUGGAAAAUACCCAUCUCCUUUUUUCUGUCUAGAACUCAAUUUUCUGUCGUUUAGACACUACCCACUUCUUCUGUCUAAAACCCUAAUUCUCUGUUUCACAAAAUACCCCUCUCCUCUCUUCUUCCUUUUCCUUAAACCCUGUUUCCUCUGUUUUAGACACUACCCAUCUCCUCUUCUUCUGUUCAAAACCCUAUUUUCUCCGAUUCAGGAAAUACCCAUCUCUUAUUCCCUCUUUUAGACAAUACCCAUCUCUUCUUUCUGUCUAAAAUUCAACUUUCUGGCUUUUGGGCGGUGCCCCUUUUUCUUUCUAAGAAAGCUCUGUUUUCGUGGGUGAUGGCCGGCAUCCACGGCGGCGACGACGCCCCGGGAAUUAAGCUUUUCGGGACGACGAUCGCGUUACAAGGAAGACAACAAGUGAAGGUGGAGGAGCCAAACAAGGCGGAUCAAACGGCGGACAAGAGGCCGGACAAGAUCAUCCCCUGCCCCAGAUGCAAAAGCAUGGAGACUAAAUUCUGUUACUUCAACAAUUACAAUGUUAACCAGCCAAGGCAUUUCUGCAAGGGCUGCCAGAGGUACUGGACGGCCGGCGGCGCCCUCCGGAACGUACCCGUGGGAGCCGGCCGCCGGAAAGCGAAGCCUCCCUACCGCGGCUUUGCCGGUUUCCCAGAAGGCGGUUGCUUUUUUGAUGCCUCUGCUGGGGUGCAGCACCAGUUUGACUUGGACGAUAUUGGGGUGGUGCAGGAGUGGCACGUCGCCGCAGACGGCGGUUACCGGCAUGUUUUCCCGAUGAAGAGACGGAGGACCAACUCAGAGCUGUUUGAAGAUCAAUGAUCCCUCGUAUCUGGAGCCGCUGAGAGUUGAAGAUGGGAGUCCCAGACCCACUGCAAUCUCUGAUCGGAGGGCUCUGAUCAACAGUUGUAACGAAUUCGAAUUUUUGGGCUGUAGAGAAUCCAACUUGAAAACGUCUAGCAGACGGAUCAACCUUGCGUUUGUGGCCAAGUGUACGGUGGAGGAUGACCGAGGAACGACAAAACCAGGGUAAAGCUUCAAUAUACGCCAAGGUCCAAGAGUCCUUCAACUUUAAUUGAAUUGCACUUUUGUAACAAUUCGAUUCUAGGGAGAUCUCCGACCAAGGACUUGUGAAAAAAAAACACAAUUGGAAUUUCACAGAAUGAAAAGCAAUUCAGUAAAAUUUGGAGGACCUCUGGUGUAAUUACCCUUAAAAUGUAAAAUGCUAUGCUGUAACAGAUGCCUAAAAUUCUUACAUGGUGCAAAAGUACAGACAACUCCUUGCUUA